AUGGGGCUGCUCCUGGGCAGGCUGCGAGCCGCGCUGGGCGGGUUCUCCGGGCUGCAGGCUCGGGUCCUGCUGCUGGGGCUGGACCACGCCGGGAAAACCCCCUUCCGGCGCUACCGGCUGAAGCUGAACGAGACGCUCCCCACCAUCCCCACCCUGGGCUUCCACGUGGAGACGGUGGCGCCCGUCCGCGACGUGCCCGUCACCCUGUGGGACGUGCGGGGCCAGGCCCGGAUCAGGGCCCUCGGGCGACCCUACCACGGCCACACGGACGGGCCGGAGUUCGCGGCGGGCAGCGCCGACGCGCAGCGGCUGGGGGAGGCCGGGUGGGAGCUGGGACCCUGCUGGAGGCUGAGGACUUGUAGGGGGUGCCCGGUGCUGCUGGCGGACAAGCAGGACCUGCCCGGUGCCCGGUCCUGCGCGGAGCUGGCGGAGGAGCUGGGCUUGAGGAAGCUGCGUGGGCUGCUGCGCCGAGAGCGGGCCGGGGCUGCCCGGGGCGCUGGAGAAGCUGGCUGAGCUGGUGAAGCGCUACCGGGGGGCCCGGGGGCUCUGAGAGCGCAGGCUGGAGAACAGGCCCCAAGGCCAGCCUGGGUCGCCCCUUGGCACGUUUCCAAAGAGGGGCCGUUGUGCUGCCCCCACGCCCGAGAGACGCCCCCGAUGAGCAGCCGCAAGCCGCGAUGUCCCCCGUCAGGUCCCGCCUCCGAGCUCGCCAGGGCUGCGGCGCCUGCCAACGCGGGAGCUGGGCCGGACACUGGCCAGCGCUGUGGCCUGGGUCCCUUCUGCAGCCAUUGGCUUGGACUGAGACUGGCAGCUCCUUGGGGCAGGGCCUGGCUCCGCGCCCUGUGUCCCUACAGCGCCCUGGGGCCUGCUCCCAGCCUGGGGCUGCCCGGGGCGAUGGUGCGCCAGGAGAGCCCGACCGGCAGACGCUGGCCAGCCCGCUUGGACCAGCAGCCCCCUGGAUCCCUGCGCACAGAUCCAGCGAGCGUGGGGACUGUCUGAACGGGGCAGCGAGGCACAAAGCCAUAGAGAUGCUGGAAUAAAGGACCCUCAGGAGCCCUGAACCUCUGAGCUAAGAGGGACCCGCGUCUCCACCCCCAAAUCCUGCCAGUUUCCGCGAGAGUUUCUUCAAUAGCCACUAGGUGCCAGCAGCUUUCAAUUUAUCGUCCUGCCUCCCUGCUUGUCCUGGCCAGAUCCUGCCCAUAGCAUGGAGGGGUGCGGGGCG